AUGGCACGGCCGACAAAGCAGACUCGGAAACGAAAAUGGGCUCCGAAAGUAAGGUCCGGUUGCAAAACGUGCAAGAUCCGACGGAAACGCUGCGAUGAAACGAAGCCAGUCUGCAUGAGAUGCGUCCAGGGAGGAUACAAGUGUGAUGGCUACGACGCCGCCUCAACCACCCCAAAACCUCGGCAGCGUGAUCAGCAACCCAGCUGUAGCGGUAUGGCCCAAGUAUCGCUAUGCACCGAGGCUGCUGGGAGUUCUUCCAGGAAUACAGAUAUCAAUGACAUGCAAUUGUCUAUUAUUGGCGCGGCUCAUGAUGUGGGCGGCUUUUUAAACGAACCUUCUAAUCCCCUUUCGACUGAUAUCGACGGCCGCUAUUCAACCUUCUUCCAUCGCAUCGUCGUACCGGUUCUCUCGACUACAAGACAAUGGCAUUCCUUCUGGUCAAUGAUCGUUCCUCAAGCUAGCUGGGAUAACCACUGCCUUCAUCAUGCCAUGGUCGCGCUGGCAGCGACUUACGAAGCGAAGACCGCAAAAAUUGAUCGCAGCGAUCUAAUAGCAUCUAGAGUCAGCCUUGCCAUCCGGAGCUUCUCGACCCAGCCUGUCUCGCCAGACGUUGCGCUGAUCUUCUGCCGCUUACUUUCUUCCAUGGCGCAAAGUACAGGCGACUGGCAGUCCGCGGUGCUGCAUUUGCGAAGUGGGUCCAAAAUCCUCAAAGAAGCAGCCCACACCUAUCAAGCGACGUCAGAUAUCGCCAAACUGUUGGCUCCAGUCUUUUUGGGUGUUUCAACGAGCAUCGACAUUGAUUCGGACUGUCUGAACAAUGUGCCACAAACCAAGAAACGUCAUUUCGUGGAGCUCACGCAUCUCUAUGCCCGUUACGGAGGCUUACUACGUCUUCUAAAUCGGGAGCAGUGGAGGAGUAUCGAGAUGUCUACCACAUCCUUCAUACUGAUAUCCUGGAGCAUAAUGACUCAAGCAAUGGCUUCCAUCGCAUACCCGGAUGUGUUGGUGUCGUCUCCUGGCAACGCCCUUAGGUCGCCUGCAGAAGUCAAAAGUCAAUUGCUCGAGUCUGGGCAACUGUUAUCUUUUCAAUCACUCCAGUCAGUCGCAGCAAUUUUGCUGGAAGAUCUCUCGUGCUGUGUUGCACAGCCUGACUCAGGCAACUAUGUCCCCAAAGAUUUCAAACAUCGUCUCCAAUGUUUUACCGAGAACUUCCUGGUCCAGGCUGCAGAAAUUCAGCCUAAUAUGGCAGCAGGAACAUUUUGGCCCGAAGGACCGGAAGCUGGAUGCUCGAUAACUUGUUUAAUACGAGGUGACAAGAUGACCACCAGCGAACGAGGUUCAGCUGGCGUUGGCGCAUUCGGGGAAACUGUCCAUCGCGUCAGUACCCAGGUCGACCAUUCCUCAAUCCCAGAACGCCAACAGUGGUACAACGAGUACGUGUGUCCUUACAGGAGCGGCUUCAUACCGGCGUUUCUGGGUCCUUCUUUUACUCUUACUCGAGGUGGACGAUUAUUCAGCAGAGCGUCCAGCAUCUGA